AUCGAUUUUCAACCGUGUGUUUCUCCUGAUUUCAUAAAAUUUCUCUGAACAAACAAAAAUGACGAUCAAACUGGACUUAUUUGUGAUUUUGUUGGUAAUCAGCGUUGUAAAUUGCCAGUACUUCAAUAGUGUAGGUGAUAGCCUCAAAUAUAUACAUGAGUGGUUCAAUAAAGGGCGGAAUCAGUGGUAUAGUAGGUUGCCUCAGAAUGAUUCAAAAGGUCAUUGUAUGCCCGGGCGAAUAGAAAGCAUGAGGUUUUCGCAUAAUGGCAACAUGUACAUCAAAGUCAAUAGUUUGGAUGGAGAAAACUACACCAAUGUGGAACGUCUGUUUAAACCGCUUAUGUGGGCUUUCUACCUUGAUGCCGAAAUUCAAUUGAUUACCAACACUUGCAACUCUAGUGAUCGUGGCUUUGGUUCAUUUAGAAUUUUGCGUUUCAACAAAUCCAUAUAUGAUGUGCUUUCGACAAAAACCAAAGUGAAUAUCAUUCCGAUGAAGAAGCUACCGACAUCAUGAUAUUUUCAUAUUUUCAUAUUUCCAU